AUGAGCAAGAGAUUUGUCCACAACACGCUCGACGUCCUCCCGAUUACCAACGACGCACUUGGUCGGGCUCGACAUCAGCUGCAGCAAGCAGCGCUGACAGGCCUCAGGAAAGUAGAAAAUGAGAUACCUAGAAUGCCUUUCAAGGACAAGGGAAUCUACACUGGCGUGAUGGGCAUAGUGGUUACUUUCAUUCGAUGCGCAGUUCAACACAAGGCUCUAGGCAUGUCCACCGAGGACGUCCAGGCUCUCUUGCACAAGGCAAAGGCCCUCCUAGACGCGGCUGGACCUCCAAACCCAAGCCACAUACGAUCAGGACGGAUAUCGCCUCUUGAUUCCUCUCCAGGGAUAGCUUUUGUCAAGAUCCUAUACUCGCUGUACGCUCCAGGGGGUUCAGCUGACUCCCAAGACCUUGCCGCCCUCGAGCGCGCAGUUCACGUCGCAAAGGAAGACGACAGUGAGACAAACGAGAUACUCUAUGGAAGAGCAGGUCUACUCUACGCCCUGUGUGAACUACGCAGUCUCCUCAUGCGUAGCGGUGUCCAGCCGGAUCAGCGACUUGUGCAACUGACAAGUAAUACGACCCUAAAGGCCUUGUGUGAUUGUAUCAUUCGAGACGGGAUGGACGGAACAAAUGACGAUGAUGACGAACCGCUUUGGUUUGUAUGGCACGGCAAACAGUAUCUUGGAACAAUGCAUGGAACCGCGGGCAUAUUAACCGUGCUUCUACAGUGCCCCGAGAAUAUCAUCACGCCAUAUAAAUCUCGAAUUCUUACUACCGUGCGCCACUUGGCAUCGCUCAUCUCGGAGAAUGAUGGGCAUCUCCCAUCGUCGCUUCCGGCUCACCAUGACGCGCGUCGACUCGUACAAAUCUGUCAUGGAAGCCCGGGAUACGUCCUUCUCAUCACGACACUAAAAAGCACGCAUCCUGAUUGGGCACAGGAGCUCGGUCAGCUCGUCGACGACACUUUAAAGCAGGCAACAAACGCCGUCUGGGAACGCGGACUAUUGACCAAGGGUCUUGGGCUCUGUCACGGUAUCACAGGGAAUGCGUGGCCCUGGCUACUCCUCGAGCACGUCUCUCCCAGCUCUGCCGACGAUGCCGAUUCCGUUUUCGGGCGGGCCUUGGCUUUUCUUCUCGAGGCCACCAAGGCGCCUCCAAUGUCUUAUUCAACCAUCUAUGAUAUUGCAGACCACCCUUAUUCGCUGUUCGAGGGCUUAGCUGGCGCGGUGUGCUGCUGGGUCGAAGCCUGUGCAAUUAUUUCGUCGCGGUUGGGUGAAGACGGUGGCGUCGUGCUAGGUCUUCCAGGCAUCGGCGGGCUCAAAAUAUAA